GGGAGCCGAUGCGGGGUUCAACUCUGUACGGUUUUCUUCCGACAACAACGAGAACGUCAAAUGUCAUGUUACAUACCUAUCACAUUUGUAUAGUCAACCAGAGGAUAGACAGUUAGCUGGAGGAAUCUCAAGAUGGCCAACUCCAAGUUUGAGUAUGUCAAGCAAUUCGAGCAAACCGACAACCUCCUUCCGAACACGUGGGUCGUCGUCAGAAUUGAUGGGCGUGGAUUCACCAAGUUCGCGACCAAAUAUGGCUUCGAGAAACCAAACGACAAGCGGGCUCUUGAGCUCAUGAAUGCUGCUGCCAGGGCAGUCAUGGCUGAGCUUCCAGACAUCACCAUCGCAUAUGGAGUUAGCGAUGAAUACAGCUUUGUCUUCCAUAAGACAUGCAGUCUCUUCGAACGCCGUGCCAGUAAACUGGUCUCAACCAUCGUCUCUACCUUCACCGCAUACUAUGUCCACCUCUGGUCAAUCCACUUCCCAGACACUCCUUUAUCCCCUCCACUGCCAAGCUUCGACGGCCGUGCGGUGUGCUACCCAACUGUGCAGAAUCUACGAGACUACAUGAGUUGGAGACAGGUUGACUGCCAUAUCAACAAUCUCUACAACACGACUUUCUGGGCGUUGAUCCAGCUGGGCGGUAUCGAUCCCACCGAGGCCGAGAAGACGUUGAAAGGGACGUAUGCCGCCGACAAGAACGAAAUCAUGUUCUCAAAAUUUGCCAUCAACUACAACAACGAACCCGAGAUGUAUAAGAAGGGCAGCGUUGUCUUUCGGGACUAUGAGCUGGUGGAACCUGGCACACACAACGCGACCAUCGAAGCCGACAGCCUAGCGGAGCCGGUGCAGCAAUCAAAGACGCAGGCCGAGAACGACAAGAAGCGGAGGGCGAAAGCACCGAUUGUGGUGCAACAUCUCGACAUUAUCAAGGACGACUUCUGGGACCGCCGGCCUUGGCUGCUAUCAAACAAACCGGGCAAGGUUCCGAAAGAGCCUUGAAACUAGCUUGGGCGCCCAAUCAUUAAUUAGACGGCAGCCAGCGCUUCGCUCGUUGCCGUCACAUCGGACUCGCUGCCAGCCGCAAGUCGCUAGCACCCUCGCGAGACGCGCGGCAUGUGCUGGACU